CGCUAUGACGUCCUUCCGAAAACAAAUAUGGUGCAGUUUGGAAGGUGAAAUUUCGCUGUGAGAAGUCAGACAUGUGGCAAAUUGUAUAUAUAUGAACCUGCUUCAAUAUUGAGAGGGCACCAUGGCGAAGUUUUACAGUGGACUGUCACAGUUAUCGUGUGAUUGGAACCAGGUUGCUGCCAUUCUUUGGACAAGAUAUCCAAAUCCAUAUAGCAAGCACGUGCUCACGGAAGACACGUUGUCGCGGGAGGUGCGUGACAGCAAGCUCUACACGAAGCGUGUCAUCACGAAGACCAACCACCUGCCCAAGUGGGGCGAGCGCUUCGUGACUGCACGCUUUGUGACCGUGGUCGAGGAAUCGGUCGUCGACCCCGUCGCACGGACGGUGACCACCUACACGCGCAACCUCGGCUACCAGCGCAUCAUGAGCGUAGAGGAGCGAUGUGUCUACAAGCCGAGCACGGACGGUGAGGGAACGGUUAUCGAGCGACAGGCGUGGAUCGACUCUCACUUGUUCGGCUUCUCGCGCGCGCUCAAGAUGUUCGGCCACGAGCGGUUCAAGAACAACAUAGCGAAGACAAUGAAGGGCUUACAGUACGUGAUCGACAGAGCGACAAAUCCCCGUGAGGAAGAAAGCGAGAGCCGUGCGUCGCGUCUUCCGAGCAAAGGUGAACUGCGGGCAGCCGGCGAGGCAGCCAAGGACAGCGUGAAGGACGCUGCGACCAAGGCCAAGCGCAAAGUGAUGUCAGAGCUCGUGCUCUAAAAAGAAAAUCUUGUGAUAACGAACUUGAAGUGAUGAGAUGAGUGUAAUGAAUGUCGUCGUCCGAUCGCUGCGAGCGUCGGAUUAGGAACCGUGUUGCGUUUUGAAAAGUUUAAUAUACACCUAUUACAAUUGCACACGUAGGAACUAUUAUAGUAGGAAAUGAAGUACGCGCACUCAUUAGUCAGCACGACAACGUGCAGUGUGCAAUAAAAUUUGUCUAACACAUAAGAGUCUGUUACUGACUACAAAUAAUGAACUCGGGAACUACACACACUACACACACACUAAUACACGUCUACUGCUAGUAUGAUUUAAAUGUAGAAGCAAAUGUGCGCUUGUCGGGAACAAGUGUGGGUAUGUGGCACGGUGAGGUGUGAACUCUGCUACAGACAGAGAUGUGAUUUACUCAUAAGCUUGCAUGAUAGUUCAGGGUACCGGUCACCUCGGUGUAAUUGCUCUGUUCUUCGUAAAAUAUACGAUCUUUCUUACCAAUGAUUCG